CUGGCACGACUCUCCACACAGUCGGAUCACUAUGUAUGGAAGACGUGAUCUCUCACGAGCGGGCGUCCGCUUUUGCUCGUCAGGCUAUCACCACGUCCGACUUGGCAGAGUGGCCGGAUGCCGCCUUAGACGGUGCCGAUCAUCUGGAGGAUGGGCGCGUCUUCACCAGUUCCUCGAAUGCUGAGACUCGGCCUCUCAAAUUGACGCGAGCCGCCUUCAGCGAUCCACAAAAUCCGUCCCAAGACUGCUCCGGCUUUGCUUUGUCAGCAGAUGGUCAGCUUCUCGCGGCAUCGUUUAAGAGUACCGACGUUCUCGUAUGGCGACUAUCCGACGGUCUACCCGUCCAACGUCUACACCAUCAGGGCCAUACAGACGAAGUUUGGGCCCUCUCCUUUUCCCCCAUCGACUACACUCUUGUCUCAGGGUCUGACGACGGGACCGCAGUCGUAUGGGAUACUCGACGUGGCCGCGUUCUUCUACGUCUGAAAGGACACAGUGCGCCAGUAAAGAUGAUUGCAUAUGCUCCUCACGGUGCGCUCAUUGCCACUGGCUCUCAAGAUGAAGAUGAAAGAUCUGGCGACAUGUCCGUGAAGAUUUGGGACGCGUCGAGUGGAGCAUGCCUGCAUUCCUUCAGCGUUGAUGACGGCGUGUACAAGCUCACCUUCUCCGCAGACAGCACGUGCCUCUGUGUCGAACUGGGCAAGUUCUGUGUCAUCUAUGACAUUCACACCUACACACGCACUGCUAAAUUACAGCACGUUGCCGAGAAGUGGCUCUACUCGUUGAUGUCUCGCCAAGGCGAUCGCAUAGUCACCGGCCUGGAUUCAGACAAUCCAGGACAAGUGAAAAUAUGGAGCGCGGAGACAGGCGAGGAGCUUCUCACGAUCGAUCAUCCGAUGAAGCUCUCGCGUCCCGUGACAUUCUCCCCUGACGGGGCCGAAGUGAUGGCGGCUUGUCGCGCGGACACGGCAGCCGUCACCUACGACUCGCGGACGGGCCAGCUCCGUCAUAUCUUCAAGUUGGCAAAGCCGGCACAUCAAGCGACGUACUCUCCAGAUGGAGCCUAUGUCGCUUUUGGUGCCGAGUACGGAGAUCUCGAGCUGUACGAUGCGAAGUCUGGGACAUUUAUCGCAAAGUUUGAUGGGCGUGAAGGGAGUGGGACACUCUUUAGGAUACGCUUCGUACCUAACAGUCAAGCUCUUCUAGCAUGGUCCAGUCUUGGACCUUUAGUUCUGUAUAACAUUCAGGAUGUAUUGCGGAUGCGAUAGCGUAAUAUUAGUGUGGCAAUGUCUGCCCUGCUCAGUGUACUACAGCAGUGCAGUCAGGCAGGGAGCAUGUGCCACGGCACAUCCACUCUACAACGAAGACAGGCCCACAGCAAAGCGAGCC